CCAUUCGGAACAAGCCAAAGUUCAAGCCACACAGAUUAAACAUAAAUCAGGGGGACUGGAUCCUUGCUGAGUGGGGGGGUGAGCGUUUGUUAUUGAACAACUCUGUGAGGCUCCACACAGGAGGGGCCAGCCCUCCCCGAACCAGGGAUAAACACGCCCCGACAGUGGCUCUUUGUGCUUUGACCCGCUAGUAUGUAAAACAUUCAAUUAUCAAUGGCCGCUGGUCGUUCACCUUUUCCCUCUACUCUCUCUUUAGUUCUGUCAACAAACUCUUGUCCUUGCAAGAGUGUGCGGCUGUUAAUGACAUGAACUCGUAAUUAAGUCAAAACUGAUGCACAGAGAAUUCGAAUGGCAAGAGGGUAGGGCUCUAAGUUAAUUAUUUCUUUAAUCCCUUUCUUAAGUCCAAUUGCAAAAUAAUUCAUUAUAACUGUGGAGAUAUCUCUUAGAAUCAGGGGUAGUGCGUCUGGAGGACAGCCCGUAUUAGGAGCUUGGUGGGGUUCACAAUAGUUAUAGCCCUUGUUUGUGUUAGAGUUAUGCAGCGAUAUUGGACGAUGGGAGGCUUCGACGUGUAAUCAAAGAACCUUUAUGGAUUCCUGGAAUUCUCUUUUUUCAAAAGUCAAGGGGCUCUUGAAAAAGUACGAACCAGGAGCUUAAAAUAAAACGUCUUGCUCCAGCCACCUCUUCAAUUCGGCAUUGAUUGCGCACAAUGCUCAAUGCACGAAUGAGGCCGGUUUAUCAGUGUUAGAUGCUGCUCAAGCAUAACGUUGACAUACAUUCUAGCAAAAAUGGAAACAUGUUCAUAAUAGGAUUUUAAAAUAAGUAUACGUUGGGGUUAAUAUUAGAUUUGGGUAACAAUCACCAAAGGAUAUUAUUUGCAUUUCUUUUGAGGGGUCAUGUCAGUCUGUCCAAAGAGCAACACCAGUUCACCUACUAAAGAUUAUAGAUGGAUUGAAUGUGAACAAUCCAUCAAUCGAUUGGAUAUGAUGUAUUCAGCUAUUAUGUAAAGUCUUAAAGAAAGACGUGUCUCAAAUAAGAUAACUCUAAAUCUAACAGCUGCAGCAAAGAAUAAAUGCAUAGUUCCUAUUUCUAUAAAUAACAAUGAAGUUAUCAGCCUGACAUUGAAGGUAAAUUCGUUCGUAUAAAAACGUUUAAAAACAUCAGUAAAUGUUGAGGGCCUCCUUGAUAGAAAACAUUUUUAUCUGGUGAUCGUGCCAUAGGUCUGUCUUACCCUAACUUUUUAUAGGGAAGAAUUAGUGCUGGCAUUUAUCACACGUUCACUGGUUGGUUGUGUUCCUCCCUCCCUCUUCCCGUGUUUAUCCCUCCCGACUUGCGUGCAACAGUCGGACGGUCGACUGUUGGUUCGGUCACGACAAAUGACAGGCUGAAUCUGACGUCGUGGGGGUGUGGGGCCGCAACAUCGCACAUUUUAUCCAACGUAGCCCAUUCAUCUAAGUUAUUAGGUGGUGCGACUUCGCGUAGACAGACAGCGGAUUAAUUUAGUUUUUUUUUUUUUUAUAUUCAGAAUAAACACUGUUUUUCCUCGUCGUGGGGAGGAGGAAGGACGGCGCUCUCGACGAGGCUGGUCGGCAAAGUAAUCGGUUAAGAUUAAGUUUUUCUGCAAAUCGGGUGGUGGUGGUGGUGGUAGAGCCGAACCAGGAAGAGAGAGAGAGAGAGAGAGAGAGAGCGAGGGAGAGAGAGAGAGGGAGGGAGGGAGGGAGAGAGCGAGCACAUCGCGCACCCACCGUCCUCCACUCCCCAGCUCUCUCCCCCAGUAGGACUACAGCGCUCUGCCAUCAACACCACUACAGCUCCCAUUUCGACGAUUCAUUCCGGAGACUCGGCGUGUCGGCCAGUGCACCGUGGGGAAGCAUGUAAUGACUCACACCAGGAAAAAGGCUUCCACCAGGCCGGGCCCCAGCAGCGAGCGACGGGACAAUAGCUCCCUGGGGCCAAAUGGGGACAAUAUGGAUGUGGCCUGGCCUCAGCGCUUGCUGCGAUUCGGCAGGACCAAGAAGAUAGGCCAAGUCAUUAGUCACAGGAAGGAUGAGGCCAAGAGAGUAACCGCAACGGGGAAGAGACGCAAGAAGUCUGGCGCGGUCCGAAAGACGCGCCGGAAGCAGCGUGAGAAGAAACGGGACAGGAAGUCGUACCCGCUGCGGGGGAGGACCGCCGGCUCGGACGAGGAGGGCCUCGACUGUCAUGUCCUCCUCACCCGCGUGGACGACGGCCUAGCGGAGCAGGAGGGCUCCGACGCCGAGGCGACGGCGCCGAACGACGGCCCCCAGAAGCAGUCGCACAAGUCAAAAUCCAGGAAGGACAAAAGGGGCAGACGAAAAGAGACAAAGGUGACACCCAAAACCAAAUCGAGGUCAAACACCCGGAGAGAGGAGGACGUCGUGUACCUUCCGGAGCCGCGCAAGCGCCGGUUAGCCUCUCUCAACGCCGAGGCGGUGAACAGCCUUCUGCUCGACCGAGGCUCUGACCAACAUCCACCAGCCAAGCAGGCCAAGAGACAGCAUGAGGAGCCCGCAAACGAAAGGGCUCCCCUGGACGCUAAUCCCGCUUGGAGCAGUGCUGCUGGAGGUCUUAACUCCCCCCAGAUCAGCACCACCAAAGCCACCGCUAGGUUGAAGCGCGAGCCGGGACGAGGCUCCAAGCGGAGCAAGAAGAAGGCCAAAGCGAACCGAGGGGAUCCGAGGGGGUGCGUCAGUCAGGCGAGCUUGGACGCCCCGGCACCCAGACGCCUCGCCGGCCUCACCGCCGCGGCUCUGCUGAAGCUGACCAGCACGUCGGCCACCAGCAAGCAGAGGGUGAAGGCCGUUCCCACGGCGACCGUCACCACAGACUCUAAGGCCCCGGUCCCGGCCGCCACCCCGAAGCCACAGACCCGGGUCAAGCUCAAAGCCAAGGGGCGCUCGCAGAAGACCAGGGGGAAGAAAGGCGCGGCCCCGACGGACGAAGACGAAGACGCCGCCGCCGCCGCCUGCAAGGACAAGGCCGACUUUGAGCCCAAGGUGGAGUGGGUGAACGGCGACUGCAACCACAAGCUAGCCGAGGCGGGCUACCCGCAGCGUGGCAUGCUGGGCUUCCAGCUGAAGAGCGUGAAGGAGGAGCAGGAGGAGACGGACCUCAGCCCGUACUACUGCUGCCCGCCCGAGGGCUCGGUGGAGUACUGCCACCGCCUGGCCUUCUUCCUGGGCCAGCAGGCCUACGGCGAUCCGGAAGGCCAGCCGCGCAACCCCGCCCUGACCCCCGUGAAGCGGGAGUGCCUGGUGGGCUCGCCAACGCUCGCCCACGCCCACCCGGCGCUGACCCUCAGCCCCCACCCGUGCCUGUGCACGGCCGAGCACUGCUUCUCCAGCUACUACGUGCACAUAGCGCACCCCACACACACUGGAACCCCGUCGGCCGCACUGGCCGCCCGACCCCUGAACUUUGCCCCCUCGUCGCUGUGCCCGAACCGGGUAGGCCGGUCCAAGCUGCUGGGGCCGCGGGUGGGCCACGCGGCGGGGCUGGCCCACCCGGCCUGCUGCGGGCCGGUGGGGUCGCCCUGCUACAACGAGGCGUGCCGGAUCAGCGGCUACGCCUAUCGCGCAAUGCCGCCCGUCGCCAGCAGGGGGUGCUCGUUCAGCACGGGGUGCACUGGGUGCCAGCACAGCAUCAAGACAGAGGGCUACUCCCCUUCUCAGGGCCUGGCCCCCAGCCUGCCCCUCUCCAGCCUCCCCCUGCCCAGCGCGCCACCCUCCACCCAGCCCAAGCCCCACCUGCCGACCCUCCUCCCGGGCCGGGACCAGCCCCCGGCCCGCCUGAAGCUGGCCAAGGAGUGCCCCCAGGCCACGGCCAAGUCCUCCUCCGCCGCCGCCUCCCCCCCGGUGUCCUCGGGACGCACCCGGCUGACCCAGAAACAGGCCCCGCUCCCCACCCCGGGCCUCGUCGGCGCCAGGCAGAAAGUCAGCCGGCGCCGCGCCACCAACGGCUGGAGGCCCGUGGGCGGGCCCGUGGAGAGGGAGGUCUUCAUCGCGGGCGACGAGGAAACGGCCCUGCGGCAGUGCUAUGACGGGGUGGAGCGGGACGGGGAGGUGGUCCGCGUCCGCGACACCGUGCUGCUGAGGUCGGGUCCCAGGAAGAAGUCCCUGCCCUACGUGGCCAAGAUAUCGUCCCUCUGGGAGGACCCCAAGACGGGGGAGCUGAUGAUGAGCCUGUUCUGGUACUACCGCCCGGAGCACACGCAGGGAGGAAGAGACCCCAGCGCACACUGCGAGAAGGAGAUAUUCGCCUCUCGCCAUCAGGACGAGAACAGUGUGGCCUGCAUCGAAGACCGGUGCUACGUUCUCCCUCUCGCCCAGUACUGUAGAUUCUGUGCCUUGUUGAAGCGGCGGGCGGAGGGCGUGGCCCCCGGGGGCCUGGGCAGCGGCGUGGUGGUCCCGUGCUGCGCCGACUUCGCCCCCCCCUCGCACCGCUGCGUGCCCAGCGACGUGGACCCCCAGCUGGUCUAUCUCUGCCGACACGUCUACGACUUCCGCUACGGACGCAUCCUCAAGAACCUCCAGUAGGGGCCACCCCCCCCCCCCCCCCCCCUGUCCAGAUCAGGGGGGAGGGCAGAGGGGAGAUGAAGGACUGGACUGAAGACCCUCAUGUUUUUUGACACUGGGGGGAUUUUUCAUGAGGACUGGUGGACGAAGAGGACGGGCCAGAGAUACUGGUUUUUGGUUUUUGACGAGGGAGAAAUAAAAGAAUAAAGAUAGAAGAGCGUUUUGGGAAAAGGGGUUUGUUAUCAACAUCCGGUUGAUAACGAACAACACCGGACCCCCUGCAGACCGGGCGGGGGGGGGGAUCGAGGGAAUCUCUGCUUAGGAACGACAUCGCUUUUCUUCCCAUUCGCAGGAACUAGGAAGAAUCGUGGUCGGAAUGUCUUUCUUUAUUUCCCCCAGAAAUUAGAUCAGCUUUCAAUGUCUUUGGGGGUCCCACUAUUCAUUUCUGUCCAUUGGCCCGUCGGAACAACCAAGAAGCAUUCACGGCUAACGCCUAGCUUAGCUUCGCUUCCCAUGCCCCCCAGAGCACACCGACGGCUAGCUUAGCGUCAGUCGGCUGGCUUUGAGUGCUGAGGCGAUACCAGAGCCCAGCUAGUAUCCCAGUAGAAACAGAACCGGACAAGGAAGAAUCCAACAAGGUCGUACUGUACAGUGUCUUUCCUCUCUCUCAGUCACUACUUCAGGAUCACACUUGUAGCACUAACGCAGUCCACAGAGAGCAGGUCUGUAAACCAGAGCGGGAGCUUUGGCUUGGUUUUCGUGUGUGUAUGUGCGUGUGUGUGACUGAAAGACAUUGUGUGUGUGUGAGCUUCUCUAUAUACCAGCGAGUGGGAGCCGCAGACGAUGGAACACUGUGGGAAGGAACCACAGGAGCAUCGUGGGAGGAAGUGGAACUAUGUGCUUCCUCUCUCCUAUACACCCGCCUCCACACAUAUUAAAACCGGUAUUUGUCAUCUCAAACGUCGGUUGCUCUUUGUUAAACCGUCAUGGCUAGUGAAAAUACCGCCUUCUUAUUGUCGUCUUACUACUCUGGUGGAGGGGGGAUGUUUAAGAUGUUUAAGAAGUCCCACAAACGUGGGACUCUCUCUGCCUCCCGCUUGCCUAGGGGAGAGAGUGACGUCUUUCCUCCGCCAUCUUGUUUUAACACCGACGAGCAGCUCUCUAAUCCAGCUCGGUAUGUCCCUUGCGACUUGCCUUACGACUACCACGGUAGUCGUAGGUAGCGCUUCAAGACGGCUAGUCCCGCUAGGUAAAACCAGGAAGUGGUGGACUGGGAGGCCUGUCUGAGCCUGGGACGGAUAGUAUAUUUUGCUCUAGGAAGGUUCAUAACUGACUUGAGUUUACCCGAAAGUAUCCCGAGUGGCAGGCAUGAUCAGAGCUGUUCCAAUUCUCUUCAUGAAAAGGUGCUUCAAAGCAUCCUUUCUUGACUCAUUUAGCCUAGGGUACACUGGAGUGUCCUUUACGAAUGGAAAGGAGAUAAUACUGUCUCACAAUACCUUGGGGCAGGAACAUUUAAA